GGAGAAAGCUGUAUCUCAGGAGCGGAGGUGAAGUUGGAACUCUCGCUGCCAGUACCCUUACUGGUGAGUAGUAUCUAUUUUAUUAUGCUGUUAUUCUUGAAGGUUCUUACAGGUACACUGGCUGGACAAUACGUGAUGGAAGGUACCGAUGUGGUUCCGUGUACUCAUCACGAGGACGAUGGCUCUUGGACCAGCUCUAACAUUCGCAAUUCUCCAGGUCCGUCAUUAGCCACGUCUGGACAGCAGUGA